ACAGUUAACAAUGAACACUGGUAAAUUGUUUUUAAUUCUCGUUGCAAUUAUUCUUAUCGGGAUCACAGAAGCCCUAAAAUGUAGAAAUAACGAUGGACCUUCCGAAGAAAAAAUGAAACGCGUUGCGCGAUCGUGUAUGAAAAAGGUAUCCAAUGUCCAGUACGGUGAUGACUCAAGCGAUUACUACGAGGAUCGAGGGGGAUUCGAUCGAGGAAAUAACUCCCAAAAACGUGGAAGGGACCAACUUGGUGAACGGAGGCACAGCAGGGUGUUGUCGAGGGAUGACUACGGACGACAGCGCUACAACAAUCAUUUCGGGAAUUUAAGAAACCCGGGUACCUCAGAGAGACAUCAACAUCAAGUUAAUAGUGGUCCUAAUAGACACAGUAACGACAAGAUUAGCUACGGAAAUCGAGGAAAUCAAAAUGAUAAAUCUUGUGUAGUACAUUGUUUCUUCGAGGAACUGAAUAUGUUAAACAACCAAGAUUUCCCAGAUAAACAUAAAGUGACAUACGUUAUCACUCGUGAUAUUCGAGAUAACGAACUCCGGGAGUUCUAUGCGGAUUCGAUUCAAGAAUGUUUUCGUUUUAUUGAAGCAGAACGGCAAAGGGACAAAUGUCAGUUUUCAAAGGAUCUUAUAAACUGUAUGGCUGAAUAUGCACGCGCAAAUUGUGAGGACUGGUAUAAUCACACAAUGAUCUUCAACAAUUAGAUCACAAUUAAUUUGCAUAUUAAUGUUGUAUACAUACAGUACAUCUGCACUUAUAUAUUAUGUAUAGCUAAAGAUAUGUUUAUCGUUUCAUAAAGCACCAUUCAGCAAAUUUCUUUUAAA